UGGUCAGGUUGGUCCUACUGGGUGGACCACAAAGAGAAACUGUCACCGUCGUAUAAAUUUAGUAAAGAAAAUUUUAUAAAAAAGAAAGAAAAUUUAAAGUCCAAACGUACUGAAAUUCCACAUACAAUUUCCAAAUUUUGGUUAUGUUUAGUUAGUCCAUAUUGGUAGCACUUCCAGAGAAGAAAAAAUGUCGCAGAAAAAUUUAGCGGGCUCCAUAGGAAGCAGCACUAAUAGUUCGCAGGGUCUCAAACAGAUAGAUUUGGAUCAAAUUUGGGGCGACCUAAACUCUGGAAUCGAACAUGUUUAUAAUCGUCAGAUGAUGGCGAAACCUCGAUACAUGCAACUAUACACUCACGUUUAUAAUUACUGUACGUCGGUACAUCAACAAUCGAAUGGACGGAACGCAAAUAGCAGCUCUACCAAAAGUAAAAAGAAUCAAGUGAACGGAGGCGCACAGCUUGUCGGUCUAGAAUUAUAUAAACGUUUAAAAGACUUUUUAAGAAAUUAUUUAGUAUCUUUAUUAUCGGAUGGUAUACAUCGUAUGGACGAGGAUGUUCUUAAGUUUUAUACAAGACAAUGGGAAGAAUAUCAAUUUAGUAGUAAGGUUUUAAAUGGGGUCUGUGCAUAUUUAAAUCGACAUUGGGUGAAGCGUGAAUGCGAAGAGGGAAGGAAGGGUAUUUACGAAAUAUAUCAACUAGCUUUGGUGACUUGGCGGGAUAAUCUUUUCAAGCAACUAAACAAACAGCAGGUAACCAAUGCAGUAUUGAAACUUAUCGAAAGAGAACGCAACGGGGAAACGAUAAAUACGCGUCUCGUAUCGGGCGUUAUCAAUUGUUACGUGGAGCUGGGAUUGAACGAGGAGGAGCCCGGCGCUAAAGGACCAAAUCUUAGUGUGUACAAAGAGAGCUUCGAAAAUGUAUUUCUAGAAGACACCGAACGUUUCUAUACGCGCGAAAGUACAAAUUUCCUUGCCGAAAAUCCGGUUACCGAGUACAUGAAAAAGGCUGAACAGAGGCUACACGAGGAACAGCGAAGGGUGCAGGUGUAUCUUCACGAAACUACCAGUGAACGAUUGGCGAAGACUUGCGAGAGGGUGUUGAUUCAGAAACAUUUGGAACUUUUCCACGCGGAAUUUCAGCAGUUGUUAGAUGCGGACAAGGAUGCCGAUUUGGGACGUAUGUAUUCGCUUGUCGCCCGAAUUCCAGAUGGACUAGGUGAGUUACGAUCGCUUCUUGAACAGCAUAUUGCCAAUCAGGGACUUGCCGCCAUUGAAAAGUGUGGAGAUGCCGCACAUAAUGAUCCUAAAAUCUACGUGAACACCAUUUUAGAGGUUCAUAAAAAGUAUAACGCGUUGGUUUUGGUCGCCUUUAACAAUGACAGUGGAUUUGUUGCCGCUUUAGAUAAGGCCUGUGGACGUUUCAUCAAUGCCAAUGCGGUUACAAAGCAAGCCAAUUCUAGUAGCAAAUCUCCAGAGUUAUUAGCAAAAUACUGUGAUCUUCUUUUGAAAAAGUCUAGCAAGAAUCCGGAAGAGGCAGAGUUAGAGGAUACUUUGAAUCAAGUGAUGGUAGUGUUCAAAUAUAUUGAAGAUAAGGACGUAUUCCAAAAGUUCUAUAGUAAAAUGCUUGCUAAGAGAUUAGUUCAGCAUAUGUCUGCAAGCGAUGAUGCAGAAGCUUCCAUGAUCUCUAAGUUAAAACAAGCUUGCGGUUUUGAAUACACAUCCAAGUUACAACGAAUGUUCCAGGAUAUUGGAGUAUCUAAAGAUUUAAAUGAGCAAUUUCGCACUCACCUCAACAACUCUAACGAACCUUUGGAUAUUGACUUUAGUAUUCAAGUCCUGUCGUCGGGCUCGUGGCCAUUCCAACAAUCGUUUACGUUUGGCCUUCCGACCGAACUGGAACGUAGCGUGCAUAGAUUUACUAGUUUUUAUUCCGGACAGCACUCCGGUAGAAAGCUCAAUUGGCUUUACAACAUGUCAAAGGGUGAACUAGUUACCAAUUGCUUUAAAAAUCGUUACACCCUACAAGCUAGUACCUUUCAAAUGGCUGUGCUUUUGCAAUACAAUGUCGCCGAUACGUGGACGGUAGCUCAAUUAUCCGAACAUACGCAAAUCAAAGGCGAUUAUUUAGUGCAAGUACUUCAAAUUUUACUAAAAGCAAAACUCUUAACGUCCGACGAUGACGAAAAUGAUCUGAAUACGAAUUCAGUAGUUUCUUUAUAUUCGUCGUAUAAAAAUAAGAAACUGCGCGUCAAUAUCAAUAUUCCUAUGAAAACCGAACUGAAGCUUGAGCAGGAGACUACACAUAAACACAUCGAAGAGGAUCGAAAACUCUUAAUUCAAGCUGCUAUCGUACGAAUAAUGAAAAUGCGUAAGGUUUUGAAACAUCAGCAGCUUGUCGCGGAGGUGUUAAAUCAGCUUGCCACUCGCUUCAAGCCUAGAGUACACAUAAUAAAGAAAUGCAUCGAUAUACUUAUAGAAAAGGAAUAUUUAGAAAGAACAGAAGGACAAAAGGAUACUUACAGUUAUUUAGCAUGAUUUAUCAAUAUUAAAUCGACAGUUGUUACAACGUAAACUAUCGGAUUUGAUUGGACAAUGGCUUCGAGUGUGGCUAUUUAAAAUUUGUUUGUUAAUAAUGUUGUUGUGUAAAUGUUAUACGACGCAUCAUUAUGCGUCAAUGCUAUACACCUGUAUACUUGUAUAUACAUGUAAAAACUAACACAAUUUUUUGGUUCUCGUUUUAUUUUUGCUAAGCAUUGAAAUUUUACACCGUAAGUAUCUACUUAUAACGAGUUGAAGCGCAAACUUUUAUUUUUUGUCGUUGCUUGUUACAUUUUACGUCGGUCACUUCUUAUUUGUAGAUACAAUGUGAUCUGAUUUCAUAUAAGUUGAUUGUAGUUCUUUUUUAUAAAAAUAAAGAUUUUUACUUAUUAUUA